AUGGGUGCUCAGCAGGAUGACGAUACAAAAUCGAGUAAUGCUGGUGACAUUGGUAAUGCUGAUCCACACAUUCCUCUCGUGGAGAUCCAGAGUUUUGUCGAGAAAGCGAAAUUCUACACUUCGUUGUGUCUCGGUACAACAGCGAUACUUGCGGUUUUUGGAUUUUUAUUUCUCAUUCCUUUUGUGGUUGAGCCGGCAAUAUCAACUAUUCUCGCUGAUUUUUCACCGCAUGCUGUUGCCUGUGUGGUGACAGAACAUGUUUAUGUCGAGGGUCUAAAAAAUUGCUCGUGGGCGAGUUGCCGUGAAGGGUCUGCUAUCAGAUGCCAUCAGAUUAAAGUCAAUUACUCAAAACUAUCGUACGAGGAUUUUAAUAAAAAAACUGCGGGUACGGUACCUUGGGAUGUCGCUGAUACCAAAUUUUUCAUCAAUACUGAGGGCUGUGGGUAUCCACCAAGAGUCAAUUGUUCAGAGUUCGCUAAAAAAUUCGGUUACCAGAACAUGGGGAAAAUAUUUCCGUGUUAUUACAGCAGAACUUAUCCAGAGACGGUAGUUUCCAGGUACUCCUGGGAUGAAAAUCUGAGGCAUUUGGUGCUUGCUCUAGUGACCCCAAUCGUUUUAUUCAUUGUCUCCUUGGGUGUACUUUGCUACUGGUACUGUCCGCCCAUGGGGAAGAGUUGCGGUGGCCCAGGGCGUAAUUUAAUUGAUAAAUAUGCGCGGAAGGAAGAUUUGGAACCACUAUUGCAGCAUUCUUGCGGAGGACGAAUUCGAGGAAGACGAAGAGGAGUACUGAUUGUUACCGAGGGCUCACCCCCCAGCGAGGGAGUGACCCCUGAUGCCACAACCCCAGAGUCUAGUCUACUUCACGUUUUAAAUUUCAAUGAUAAUAAUUGGCCUGUCAUAGCUAACUAACAUCUACAGACACGAAUUUCAAAGUUAAAUGAAUAAUUGGCUUUUAGAAUUCGCUGUGUAGCUGCCAUUACCUAAACUGUCGGCUCAUUAAAUCUCGAAAUAAAUACAACGAUUUUUUUUUUUA